AUUGUCAAUUGUAGAAAAUACGAAAAAAACCUGGAAAAAGGAACCAUCAAAAAGUAAGCAUUCUUUUACUUUUCUAUCUCCACCUCCUUGCAUCAAUUAUUUUUAAAAUGAAAACCAGUUAUUAGGAAAUAAAGGAAGCCUUCUUAAUGGUGCUUUUUCUAUGCUUGCUUCUCUUCUUUACGACUACUUUGGCACUAAACACUAUAACUCCAGGGCAGUCCAUAAAAGAUGGUGAAACGCUGGUGUCAGCUGGUGGAAGCUUUGAACUGGGAUUUUUCAGUCCCCAAAAUUCCAAGAGUCGAUAUGUGGGAAUUUGGUACAAGAAAGUAUCAACUGGGACUGUUGUAUGGGUUGCCAAUAGGGAAACUCCAGUUUCUGAUGCCUCAGGAGUUCUCAGUAUCAACCACAAUGGAAUUCUUUCAAUUAUGAAUCGCACCAAAGGCAUUGUGUGGUCUUCCAGUACAUCAAGAAACGCAUCAGAGGAGGCGAUUGCACAACUCCUGGAUUCGGGAAAUUUCGUAGUGAAGGACCGAAAUGAUGGUGAUCCAACAAACCUUCUUUGGCAGAGUUUUGAUUAUCCUUGCGAUACCUUUUUACCAGGAAUGAAGCUUGGGAGAAACUUUGUCACCGGUUUUGAUUGGCAUAUAUCAUCCUGGAAAAGUAUGCAAAAUCCUGCUCCAGGUCUAUAUUCUCUCAGGACCGAUCCGCAGGGGUUACCGCAGUUCGUUCUUAAGAAAGGACCUGAAAUAUUGUUCAGAGCAGGACCAUGGAAUGGUGCUUAUCUUACAGGAAGAACACUGGCUACAGUUAAUCCAAUAUAUUCGUUUGAGUUUGUCUGGAAUGAGAAUGAGAUCUACUACGAAUACGAGGUUCAAAACCAUUCUGUAUAUACAAGGUACUUACUGAAUCCAUCAGGUCUAAUACAACGCACCAUAUGGAAUGAGAGAAAAAAUGACUGGGAGGUUUUCGCCACAUCACAAGCGGAUCAGUGUUCCAUAUAUGCCUAUUGUGGACCAUAUGCCACUUGCAACACCAAUGAAUCUCCACCAUGUAAAUGCUUGGAAGGGUUCAUGCACAGAUCAGCAUCUCCCGAGGAUAUUAAUUCUGUAGAUUGGUCAAACGGAUGUACCCGAAGGACACCAUUGGCAUGUGAAGGUGGAGAUAGCUUUCUCAAGCAAACUGGACUAAGAAUACCAGACACUUCAAAAUCUUGGGCUGACCUUAGCAUUGAUCUUAAGGAGUGUGAGAAAUUGUGUUUGAAGAAUUGCUCUUGCACUGCAUACACAAAUUUAGAUAUCCGAGAGGGAGGCCGUGGCUGCUUGCUGUGGUACGGAGACUUAACUGACAUCUCAGAAUUAAAUGAGGGUGGGCAAGACCUUUAUAUCAGGCUGGCCACUUGUGAUCUGAAUCAUAUUCAAAACAAAGGGAAGAUAAAAGAAAAGCAAAAGGCAGCAAUCAUUUCCAUCUCUGUCAUAAUAACCAGCGGAAUGAUGCUACUAGCAUUGUGGUUGUAUGUUAGGAGGAAAAAGCUCAGAAAAACAGAUGAACAUGGAAAGGAAGAUUUAGAGUUGCCUGCGUUUGAUUUCGCAACCGUAGCUAUGGCAACUAAUAACUUCUCGGGCAACAACAUUUUGGGACAGGGUGGAUUUGGUCCUGUUUACAAGGGUACAUUGAUUGAGGGACAAGAAAUAGCGGUGAAGAGACUGUCAAAGAAUUCCGGACAAGGACUGGAAGAGUUCAAAAAUGAAGUAACAUUGAUUUCCAAACUUCAGCACCGUAAUCUUGUAAAGCUCUUUGGUUGCUGCGUCAGAAAAGAUGAAAAGAUAUUAAUUUAUGAGUACAUGCCCAACAAAAGUUUGGACUACUUUAUUUUCGAUCAAACAAGAAGCAAAUUACUGGACUGGCGUAUCCGAAUGCAUAUUAUUGAUGGAAUUGCUAGAGGGGUUCUUUAUCUUCAUCAUGACUCUAGAUUGAGGAUUAUCCAUAGAGAUCUCAAAGCAAGCAAUAUUUUAUUAGAUAAUAACAUGAACCCAAAGAUAUCAGAUUUCGGCUUGGCUCGGAAGUUCGGAGUACAUCAGACUCAGGCCAAAACUAAAAGAGUGAUUGGAACAUACGGUUAUAUGUCACCUGAAUAUGCCUUGGAUGGGCUUUUCUCAACGAAAUCCGAUGUAUUCAGCUUUGGAGUUUUGGUUCUGGAGAUACUAUCAGGAAAGAAAAACAGGGGAUUUUCCCAUCCGGAACAUGACCAUAAUCUUCUUGGACAUGCAUGGACAUUGUGGAUGGGAAAGAGGCCAUUAGAACUAAUCGACACUGCAUUCGGUGACUUGUACAACGCAACUGAAGUGUUAAGAUGCAUCAAUGUAGCUCUAUUAUGUGUGCAACAAAGCCCCCCUGACAGGCCAAACAUGUCAUUAGUAUUGCUCAUGUUGUGCGGUGACAGUGUAUUGCCGCAACCAAAGCAGCCUGGGUUUUUCAUUGAAAGAAAUCUGCCUAUGACUGACUCUAUAUCAGAAAAGGAUGAAAUGUUCUCAAUUUAUGAAUCUACCAUUACAUCAUUAGAGCCACGAUAGGAGCUUCUCACAUAUAUAUAUGGACGAAGACACUCUCGAUGGUAUCUAUCUAUGUGAGUGUGAAGUGUGACAACUUCUAGAAGCUCAAGGGCUUGGCUCUAACAACACCGAUGAAAAGAUUGCACAGACACAUGAUCAUAAUAGUGUUCUAGAUACCACACAUUGACUGGUGUUGAAAAUAGAAUAGUUUAUUCAAAGCUUAAUCUAUCAUACAAUUUCGAUUAAUUGUAACAUGUUUUCACUAAGUGAAUGUUUAAU